UGCGCGGUGCCCCCCCCUUGCAGAGCCCGGCUGCUGCAGACGGAGGCAGAGCGGCGGCCGCGACCUCCGCCCCCGCGCGCGCUGGGGCAUGGCCGUCAAUGUGUACUCCACGUCGGUGACCAGCGAGAACCUGAGCCGCCAUGACAUGCUGGCCUGGGUCAACGACUCCCUGCAGCUCAACUACACCAAGAUCGAGCAGCUCUGCUCAGGUGCCGCCUACUGCCAGUUCAUGGACAUGCUGUUCCCGGGCUGCGUGCAUCUGCGCAAGGUGAAGUUCCAGGCCAAGUUGGAGCACGAGUACAUCCACAACUUCAAGGUGCUGCAGGCCGCUUUCAAGAAGAUGGGAGUCGACAAGAUCAUCGCGGUGGAGAAGCUGGUGAAGGGGAAGUUCCAGGACAACUUUGAGUUCAUCCAGUGGUUCAAGAAGUUCUUCGACGCCAACUAUGACGGAAAGGAGUACAACCCGCUGCUGGCGCGGCAGGGCCAGGACGUGGCACCGGCCGCCAACCCAGGUGAUCACAUCUUCAACAAACCCAAGAGACCCAUUGGUACUGCAGUCCCCCAGAGAACCUCCCCCACCGGCCACAAGACCAUACAGAACCCCACGCGCGUCAGCAACGUGGUCACCAGCAACGUGGUGCGGAAAAACCCCCCGGCUGCCCGCAACGGCGGGGGCAGCGAAGCCGAUGCCCAGAUCCUCGAGCUCAACCAGCAGCUGAUGGACCUGAAGCUGACGGUGGACGGGCUGGAGAAGGAGCGGGAUUUCUACUUCAGCAAGCUGCGGGACAUCGAGCUCAUCUGCCAGGAGCACGAGAGUGAGAACAGCUCUGUCAUCGCUGGCAUCAUCACCAUCCUCUACGCCACCGAGGAAGGCUUCGCGCCUCCCGAGGACGACGAGCUGGACGAGGCGCAGCCCGAGGACCAGGACGAGUACUAGCCGCGGCCCUGGAGGGCCGGCGCCGCCCGCCCGCCGCGCUGUCACACAUUAUAGCCGUUUCCAACCCACCCGGCGCCGGUGUCUGUGCGUCCGGCAGCUCCGCCGCGCCCCACGGACGGCUGCCCCACCACGCGAGGAGAGCGACACUGUACAUAGGCCCCGGGGCGGCGCGGGGCCCGGCCCCGGCCCCGCCGCCCCUAUUUAUUUCCGUUGCUGUCUGUGGUGUGAGCCCCGCCGCGCUGCCCCUGCCCCUGGGCACCGGAGGCCCCGGGAGGUCCCUGCCCCGCGGGGGUCCCGCUUGCGCUUGUUGGGCCGGGGAGGAGCGGGGGCACCCAGCGCCCGCCCCCCUUCCCCGGCACCGGGCUCAGACUCUUUAUUUAUUUAUUUCCCGUGGGGGUGUGAGUUUGGGGGUCCCCGUCUGCCCCGGGGUCGCGGGGGGGGUAGCUCCGCGCGUGCCCCCUGCCCCAGCACCGGGGGGGGGAGGGGGGCGCCCCUGCACGCGGUCCCGCUGGCCUGACGAGGAGCCCCGGGCCCGCCCCCCCGCCCCCCCCCGCCGCAUCUGUGUUCGGUUUUAUUUAAAAUAAACUGGUGUGGUGCA